AUGGCUGCCACCAACGACGGCCACGCCACGCGGCACCAGCAGUGGUACGACCCGGAUCUCGAGCAGGUCAACCCGCAGAUCCGCCACCUGCUGGAGAAAUACUCCCAAGUCCCGUCGGGAGAUGUAGUCAAGCAUGUCAACGCCAUUCGUGCCCGCGGCUUCGCCUCAAACCCAUACCCAUGCAUCGGUUACUACCGCUUCCUGAACCUCACGCUCCUCACGCACCCGCUGUACGCGAGCAUUCUCUCGCGCCUGAAACAAAACCCCUCCGCAGUCUAUGUGGACCUGGGCUGCUGUUUCGGCCAGGACCUGCGCCAGCUCGUGCUGGACGGGGUCUCAUCGGCGCAGCUGAUCGGCGUCGACAUCGAGGGCCCGCUUAUGGAGCUCGGCUACGAGCUGUUCCUUGACCGACAGAGUCUUGCGAGCCGGUUUGUCGUUGCUGACAUCUUCCUGGGCAAUGCGCAGGGCGAGCCCUGGACAGAGCUGGUGGCAACAGGCGCGGAUGUCGUGCACUGCUCAGCGUUCUUUCAUCUGUUUCCGCUUGCGCAGCAAAUCCAAGCUGCUACGGUUAUUGCGGGGAUUGUCAGGAAGGGCGGCGUGAUUGUGGGUCGGCAGAGUGGGAGUGUCAAGCCUGCUGAGGUUCCGGCUAUUAAGCCUGGGAGUACGAGUUUUCGCCAUGAUGUGAGUACUCUCGUUGAGAUGUGGGAGCGUGUCGGAGCGGAAACGGGGACGAAGUGGAAGGUGGAGGGGUCUCUUGAUGAGGUGGGGAUUAACACGGCGAAGAAGAAUGCUGUGGAGGAUGAGAACUCGAGAAGAUUGCUGUUUACGAUUACUCGGGAGGAAUAG